AUGGCUAGCACUCCCAGCGGACACCAACUGUCCUUCGUACCCGGAUUAUUACCCUUUGAGGGAAAUAACUUCGGUUUCGACUUCCCGACGCUGGGACCUUUGAGCAUGGGCACUUGGGACGAAGCCAUGCUACUGAGUCCUAGUUCAUGGCCUACCGACUCGCCAGUUGCAAACGUACCCGUUGAUCGCGUUCCGCAACCCAUCCUUCACCCCAGCUAUGCUUCCAGAUCCUCAGGUCCACCCAUAGAAGUCGCUUCUAUGGCAAGAAAUGCCACCUGUGAUCUGCCAGAUAGACCUUGUCAAUCCUCGAUAUCGCCCUUUCCAUCCGGAAUUACCAACCAUGGAACUGGAAACGAAGAGUUUCUUCUGAAUGCAUUUCUACAAAUGUUGAUGCCGCCAAUCUUGACGCCGGUAGAGGUGGGGCCUAAAUGGGCCUCCACUCGUGCCUUUUUUGGUACCAUGGCCACAGAAAGUCCACUCGUGAAGAGUGCCAUAGUAGCCUUUGCUGCAAUGCAAAUGCAGAGGAAUGAAAUGGGAGACGAAGCUGGAAAGGUUGAUUGGAGGCCAUUGUAUGAUCACGCAGCCAGACAGUUGUCAAGUCGCCUGGCAAAGAUACGCGUGAGUGGAGAUGGUGAAAGCGCAAAGUCCGAACUCCGGUACAUUCUCGCUUCCAUCUUUCUCCUUACGUAUACUGAUCUGCUCAUGGAAACCCUACCUCGGGCCCAUGCCAACCUCCGAGAAGCCUACUCACUCAUUCAAAACGCAAACAAAACUACCUUUUCGACCUCGGACCGCCGUUUGAUCUCCUGGAUACGUCUCCUCGAUGCACGUGCUGUAUCGACUGCUGGAGGAGAGGGUCUUUUCUUAGCGGAUACGGAUGAGUCCCUUUUCGAUGCAUCACCUGCCGCCAACCCCUCUUCCGAGACAGACACGUCAGACACCGAAGUCGAAGAGAUCCUGUUCGAUGUGUUAUAUCACCCUGGCAUAGUCUUCUACCAAAAGACCCAAUCAUUCGCCGGCCGCAUUACCAAGCUCGACCCCUGGCACCGUAGCCGAGGUACUGUACAAGACGAAACCGAAGUUAUGGCGUUCGGUGCGCAAAUCUCAAAAGAUCUUCACGAGCUCUACAACCAACGACCUGCACUUAUGGACCAUGCUGUUGCAGGAGACCUAGAAAAGUCUUUAGCCAAGAACCUUGCUGGUGCAUUGGCAAGAAGCUUCAGGACUUAUCUUGCCAACUAUUAUGCUUCAUUUUUACACUUGCAUCGUGUGGCAUACGUGCAGUAUCCCAGGACAAAAGACGUUGAUAUAGCUAUUGCAAAUAUCAGGCGAUUGUGUCAUCUCAUGAUACAGACGGACGAGAGUCUUCCAGUCAAUGUGCUGUGGCCACUGCUAAUGUGGGGCUGUGAAGAGGAGGAUGGUGAUGAACGCCGUUGGAUUACGAAAGCUAUCCGGAGCCUAGAGGGAAUAGCGACAAAUGCAAAAGCAACAGCAGAUUUAUUGCUUGAGGUACAGAGGAGACAAGAUGAAGGCAAUACACGUGUAGACGUACGGCGAGUUAGCCAGGAGUAUUUUGCCGCAAAUCACUUUGCUAUCGUCUGA